UGGAUUGUAGCUUCAGGGCAAUGGAUUGCGAGAGGCUCAUAACGGAAGUUUACAGUCGCAGGGCCCUGUGGGACGUGUCACAUCCACAACAUCAUCAUAGGGGAGUCCUAGAUAAGUCGUGGGCUGCGGUAUCCAAGAGUAUGAGGGCGUCAGUGAGGGACGUUAGGCAUAAAUGGAAGUAUCUCCGUGACCACUUCCGGAAGGAGCUCAAGAAGUUUCCGAAUGGCAUGUCGAAAUCGGGAUACGAACCCACAUGGCCUUACUUUAACCUGUUGCAUUUCUUAAAAGACCAAAUUAUCAUCAGAGAUAAUGACGAUAGUUCUUCUUCGCAAACGAACGAAGAUUCGCAAAGUAUCUCCGUCAAGGUAGAAACUGAGGAGAUCGAUAUUUUCGACGACCAAGUAUCAGACGAUGCCAAACCGUUUAUGAGGGCUCUCAAGAGACCUACUUCCAACAACAGCCCCGUGAACCCAAAACACCAAAGACUGGAAGACAGGGAUCAGUCAUCCAGUAACAACCUAGACGAGCUAUCCGACGACUAUCACUUCUUCAUGAGUCUUUUACCCACGAUGAAGAAGUUCAACGACUUGCAGAAGAUGAGGGUCCGGAGUAAGUUCCAGCAGACCAUCCUCGAAGAGUUGUCUCAGAUGGAGGAGUACCAGAACAGCUGAAGCUAAGCUCUCACGUUGGAACGUGCCUACGCGAUUGUUAAUGUCUGUGUGUGUACGUGAGUGUGUGUGUACCGAGUACCUGACACAAUAAUGUUUAUUAAUAGGACGGGAGUGGGAGGCGCGCGCGGUUCCCGUGGUACCAAUAGGUGUCUGCGGACUGUUUUUUUUUUUUAUAUACAUAUAUCAGGCGUUGUAAGUAACUAAGUCGUCGAAAAAUUGGUUUUGAUGGCAAAAUUAACAUUUUUAACGAUGGGUUUAACUGGGUAUUCAAAAUAGACGUUUAGAAUAGAA